CAGGCAUUCAAUUACGGAGCAAAAAGCAAUCGUUGCUUAUCAAGCAAAAACAAAAGAAGAAGAAAAUCCCUUCUGCCAAAACAGAAAUAAGCAAAACCAGAAACAGAAACAAUGCUUAUUUGACACAGAAAACAAAAGCUUAUUUGGACAAAUAAGCUCUGGCAUUAAGAGCUUGUAAAAAAACCACAUCUUUCUCAAGAGAAUCCCUAAAUUAGAGCAUCUCCAAUGCUAUAAUGUCAACGAUGCACAUGUGGCAUGAAUAAUAGCCACAUAAAUAUUAGCAAAUAAAUUAUUUCUCUCCUUAUUUGAAUGAUUUUAUACAAUUUUGGUAAGUUUUUCCCUGCAAUGUCUACAACAAUGUCAACAUCUAGACGGUCUCCUUGACAGUGUGGAGAAAAACUUACCAAAACUGUAUAAAAUCAUUCAAAUAAGGAGAGAAAGAAUUUAUUUCCUAAUAUUUAUGUGGUUAUUUUUCAUGCCACGUGUGCACCGUGCACAUUUUAUCAUUGGAGAUGCUCUAAGUAAGUCCAUGUAGACAAGCCACACCAGACAUUUAUAAAAGUUCAAAAUAUCCGCCGACGCCGAAUACAAGAGACAAUUAUUACUAAUAAUACUACAAAAGCAAGUAAACUAAGCAUGACGAUGAGUAAACCUCUAUCAGAUUUCUUAUCUUUAUUACUAUAACCAUCAUUAUUAUUAUUACGGCCUCCGGGAUACACGCCUGAGCGGCCACCCGUACCCCCGCCCUCUUCCUCGCCCCCGCCCCCGCGAGCGCCUCCGCCUCCGUGACCGCCCUCGCUUAUUGCCACUAUUGCUGCUGGUACAUAUAAGGCGGCUAUGAUGAUGCAUAUGGUCAGCAAAAGCAUGACAUUGAUUACGAAGAAGAAAGCAGUGAUGUCGUAUACUCCUUCAGCAUCGAGGUCGUCUGAGGCACGGAAAUCUGAGUCCGAUGAUUCUGUGAAGCUUCGAAACAUCUAUGAGCGACCGUAUACUGGGCGUUCAAGAUUUUGCAGAUGCAUGAAUGCAAAUGGAACUCGCGUCAAGGCGUCACUUUGGACUUCAUGGACUGACAAGAAUCCGGGGAGAAGAUUUCAUGGAUGUCGUUAUUAUGAGAAGGAUGGAUGUGGCUUCUUUGAAUGGCAUGAUGAACCAUUAACGGACAGAGCAAUGCAUGUUAUCAAUGAGCUCAAAUGGGGGAAUAGGAGACUGCAAUCUGCAAUGUUUGAACUGGAAUGUGAUAGUCUUGCUCAAAAGUUGGAGAGUGAAGUAGAAGAAGUCAACAGUAGGAAGGAUGCAGUCCAUCUGGAAUUGGAAAGAAAAACCAAAAUGAAGAAGAAUUGUGUUAUUGUAGUGUUGUUUUGUGUCCUUGUUGUAGUAGUAUGUGUGUUUGUAUGUUAGUUUUAGUUUUAGUUUCUUGUAUUAUUUGUGUUUGUAUGCAGUACUGAUUUGGAAUUGUUGUUAAGAAUUGGCUUGAAUUCCUCCCUGAUCUGGUGAAGGAUGGAGCCUUGAGUGGGUUUGGUUGUUAAUAAGAAAAAACAUGUUGUUGUUAUAAGUUUUUAAUAAGUUGGUUUGGUUGUAUUACUAUGUAAAGUAUGU